UAGUUGGACCUAUUUCUGAGAAACACAGGAACUUCAAUUGAAUUAUUUGCGACAAAGAAAGAUUGGUGGAGAAAUGUCUCAUGUUGUAGCUAAGCAGGAUACCAAAUUUAUCUGAUAUUACACAGAUACCAAUUCAGUUAUAAUAUAAUUGUGUUUAGAAAACAAAAUAAGUCAAAAUGUUGAUUAAAGUCAAGACACUCACUGGGAAAGAAAUUGAGAUUGACAUAGAGCCCACAGACAAGGUGGAGAGGAUUAAAGAGCGAGUGGAGGAGAAAGAGGGGAUUCCGCCUCAGCAGCAGAGGUUGAUCUACAGUGGGAAACAAAUGAACGAUGAGAAGACAGCAGCAGACUACAAGAUCCAGGGAGGCUCCGUACUCCAUCUGGUCCUUGCGCUAAGAGGAGGGGAGGUCCACACCCGCCUUGGACCCAGUAGAUGUUGCCCUUAGGCACAGAUCUAGGAUCAGCUUAAACCUCCUCAAAUCCAAACCAUAACCAUUAUGGGCUAUACAUGCUGAACUGAUCAUAGAUCAGUGAUUAUGGGCAACUUCAGCCCUCUCCCCUUGGGACAGGCCACCCUAGACCUUCUUGGAGACGUAUUACCCUGUUACAAUCACUCAUGUGUCAUUAAUAUUAAAAUAUGAAGGCCCUGCUUCAUAUCUGUAAAGAGAAGGUUUUGUCCUUUGGGUUUAUCACCAUGUCCUCUCCCUCCCUCUUUUGAGCUGAUGAUGCCGAUGUUACGUUUACAGUGCAUGAAAGUGAGAAAUUAUUAUUAUUUUAAGUAGAUUAACGUAAUGGUUUAGUUUGUCAAUAAAAAAAACAUCAGUUAUCAGUGA